ACUUUUAAACCAAUUAAACAUGUUAAUAUCGACCUAUUUGUUCAGUUUAUUGUAUAUAAUAUGGCACAAAUAUUAAUGAACAUUAUAAGCAGAUAAAUAUAGAAAUUCGCCGUGAUUUAUGAGGAAUAAAAGAUAUGAAAGUGUUAUUAGAGGAAAUGAGCAGUUUCCUGGUGCUAACAGUAAACUGUUGUGUGUUUUAGUCCCUGCACGUGUUUUUGUUACAGAUAAAAUAGAAUAAUACCGGUUUACUCCUGUAGUACUGUUUAAUUCUGUCCUCUGUGAGAGACAGGGGGGAUUUUGUGCACAGUGGCAACCAGCGUGUGUGUGAGAGGAAGCCUUUAGCAGUGAGUGUUUAAACCGCGUCACUAAAACAUUACUAACGUCUGAUCUUAAACACGUCGGAUAUCGUCUGAUCUUAAACACGUCGGAUAUCGUCUGAUCUUAAACACGUCGGAUAUCGUCUGAUCUUAAACACGUCGGAUAUCGUCUGAUCUCAGACCCGUUAUACUGAUCACUGUUGUACGGUAAUAUCCGUGUUAUGGGCGCCAAAGGGACGUCGUGCAGAUGGAGCGUCAGAUUAAAGUGUGUUUAAUAUAAACACUGACCUGAGGUUUGGUCUGAUUCUGCACCAUGCCUGGGAAGCUGAAGGCGAAGAUCGUGGCGGGUCGACACCUGCCUGUCAUGGACCGGGCCAGUGACCUGACUGACGCUUUCGUGGAGGUGAAGUUUGGAAACACGACUUUUAAAACCGACGUGUAUGCGAAGUCACUAAAUCCGCAGUGGAAUUCUGAGUGGUUUAAAUUUGAGGUGGAUGAUGAGGAUCUGCAGGAUGAACCGUUACAGAUUACGGUCCUGGAUCAUGACACCUACAGUGCUAACGAUGCCAUAGGGAAGGUUUACAUCGACAUCGACCCGCUGCUCUGCAGUGAAGCUGCCACCGUCAUCUCCGGCUGGUUUCCCAUCUACGACACCAUUCACGGUAUAAGAGGAGAGAUCAACGUGCUGGUUAAAGUCGACCUCUUUAACGACCUGAACCGUUUCAGACAGUCUUCCUGUGGAGUAAAGUUCUUCUGUACUACAUCCAUCCCACGAUGUUACCGUGCUGUGAUGGUCCACGGCUUUGUGGAGGAGCUGGUGGUCAACGAGGACCCGGAGUACCAGUGGAUCGACCGCAUCCGAACCCCGCGAGCGUCUAACGAGGCCCGUCAGCGUCUCAUCUCUCUCAUGUCAGGUGAGCUUCAGAGGAAAAUUGGACUGAAGGUCCUGGAGAUGGGGGGGAACACUGUGGUUGGUUAUCUGCAGUGUUUUGACCUGGAAGGAGAAUCAGGUCUGGUUGUGCGAGCCAUCGGUACGGCCUGCACGCUGGAGAAGAUCAGCAGCAUACACGGUUCUGCAGGGGCCACGAACCCAUCUAACUCCUCUCCAUCAAAGGAUAUAAAAGACUCUCCGCAGGCUGCUCCUUCUGCUCUUGGAUGUCGCUCCACUCACAGCAGUCCAGUUCACGGUGCGAGCAGCCGUCUCUCUCAGGGCUUCUCCGUUUCCGUGCCAACGCUGCUCUUCGCCGGUAUGAAACACAGACACAGGAGCUCAGAGGGUCCCACAGCCAGGCAGUGUAGGGCGGGUUUUGGGGAGGAGGCCCCUGGUGUCCCGUUGUGCUCAGGACCCCCCACCCCACUGAGAGCCCAAACCUUCUCUUCCUUCUCCCCUUCCAAGUCCUACAGUCGCCAGUCCUCUUCCUCUGACACUGAGCUGAGCCUCACCCCCAAAACCGCGAGGAUUUGUCUGUCUCCCAGUUCUCCCAUCCUUCAGUGUAAAUCUUCACCCUUUCCCACAACCAAAGCCCUAAGGAGUACAACUCCUCCCCCUCUCCAUGUGAGCCAAUCAGACACAGCCAUGCUGAGAAAGAGCGUGUCGUUCAGUGAGGACCUGCUACAGGCGGCCUCCGGAAUGGGCAGCGGUGGCAGCGCCGGGAAGGAGGUGGCACCUCUUAAAGCACUUCUGAGACAACAGACGCAGUCGGCUUUGGAACAGAGGGAGUUCCCCUUCUUUACACUGACCAGUUUCCCUGCUGGCUUUCUGCUACAUGUGGGUGGAGUGGUGAGCGCACGCUCCGUCAAACUUCUGGAUCGAAUCCACAACCCUGCCUUGGGUAACACCAGAUCAUACAAACUGCUAGACUGGAAUAGUUUCUCCGCAGACGAGCCUGAGACACGAGAUGCUUGGUGGGAGGAGAUCCGACAGGAGAUCAAGUCUCAUGCUAAAGCUCUGGGCUGCCAUGCAGUGGUGGGAUACAGUGAAUCCACCAGUAUCUGCGAGGAGGUGUGUAUUCUGUCAGCUUCGGGCACCGCAGCGAUCCUUAGCUCUCGCUUCAUGCAGGACGGCGCACUGGACACAGAGCACAGGUUGUCACGGCAACAUGGCACAGAGAGGGGCGAGGGUGAGAUGGGUAGUUCAGUCUCGUUAGGGUUUGAUGACGUCGUCCCUCCUGCCUGUGGGUUUUGUCACAUCCCAUACGAUGAGUUUAACAUGCCGUUUCCAGCUCAGCUCACAUUCUGUCACUGUUGUCACCGCCAUAAAGUCCCUGAUGUGCUCUUUACCACCAUAGACGUCCCCUCUGAAGCUCACGUCACUGGCAAAGGCUGUCUUAUACAGGCCAGGUUGUGUCGCACUAAGAAGAAGGCUCAGGGCGAAGGCAACGCCACAGCCAUCAGUAACCUGCUGCCGUUCCUGGAGUACGAGCUUCACACCCAGCUGAUGAACAAGCUGAAGCUGCGCAGCAUGAACACACUGUUCGGUUUGCGCAUCCAGAUCAGUGUGGGAGAGAACAUGCUGCUCGGCCUGGCUUCAGCGACAGGUGUGUAUCUAACAGCACUUCCAAGUCCAGGAGGAAUCCAGAUCGCAGGAAAGACCCCCAGUGACCUGACGUACGAACAGCAUCUCUCAAACAUGCAAAAAAAAAUUAAUGACACUAUCAGCAAGAACAAAGAGCUGUAUGAGAUUAAUCCCCCGGAGUUUGUAGAGGAGCUGAUCGGCUCACCAAUCCCUGAGCCCCGGCAGCGAUCUCGCCUCUUUCGCUCCCAGUCAGAGAGCUCAGAUGAAGUUUUGGAGUUGGACCUGUCUCAUGGGAAGAAGGAUGCUUUUGUUCUAGAGAUCGACGAUACAGACGCUUUUGAAGACAUUCAUUCCCUCCUCACCGACGCCCCGACACCUCCAGGUUUCUACAGCUGCAACACUGAAAUAAUGCCUGGGAUUUAUAACUGGACUUCAGAACUACAGAUGUUUACCUCCGUGAGAGUGUUCCGACUCAGCAAUGUAAAUCUGACCAAUCAGGGCCUGAAUAAGAUCUUCAAUGAUCUGUGUGAGAACCUGCUCAAGAGUUUGUAUUUCAAAUUGCGCUCCAUGGUGCCCUGCUGCCUCUGCCACUUAAACUUCACUGUCGCUGUGCCCGAGGACGAACUCAUACAGGUGGCAGUGACAGCAGUGGCCAUGAGCUUCGAUAAAGAGCAGACGCAGGAGAAUGGCAGACAAAGUGGAGAGAAAACACUUAUUAAAGUUACAGAAAACGAAGAGCAGCUUCAGUUCCCUUUAGAGCUCCCUGCUGAUUCCUCCUCCUCCUCCUCUUCCUCCAACCCUCUGAACUCAGCCAAAGGUUUGGCCGAGGUUUCAGGAGGUCCUUCGAGCGCUCGUGGCCCCACAGUUGAUUACAGUUCCUUUACAGACAGAUGCAGUUCCUGGAUAGAGCAGCUUAGACUGAAAGCUCACACCAUAAGACGAGGAUCAAUUAAAACAAUUUCCUCUAUGGAGAAGUCCAGUCCAUUGCCUGAAGGUCGCUCUCGCUCUCUGAGGUCGAGCCGUUCUUACCCCGGAGGUUCUGUUGCUGUGGUUAAAAUGACGCCGCUCUCUUUUAUUCCUGGAACAAAAAUAAUAAAAUACCUCGGCAUAAUCAACAUGUUCUUCAUCAGGGAGACCACCUCACUUCGAGAGGAGGGUGGUGUGAGCGGGUUCCUGCACUCCUUUAUAGCUGAGGUGUUUGCUAUGGUGCGCGCGCAUGUUGCUGCUCUGGGAGGAAACGCCGUCGUCUCGUACAGCAUGAAGGAAUGUGUGUUUAUGGAGAAUCCAAACAAGAAUCAGGCUCAGUGCCUUAUCAACGUGAGCGGAGAUGCUGUGAUUUUCAUCCGAGAGUCUGAACUCGAGGCCACGCCUCCACUGACACAAACAUCCUGUGCUGGAGAAGGGACGUGAACACACACACACAUAAAUAUACACACACUGUUUUAUUUAUUUUAUAAGCGAGUUCCAAAGAAAUUUGUGAGCCAAACAUGUGAUGAGUUUUAGAGCCAAAUCUCCUUAUUGAGGUAAAAAUCUUCCAUCUGUCUGUUGGUCAUUUUGUUCACAUUCCAAUUGCCCUGAGGAAGCGAAGGCAGCUGAGCGCUCCAAGAUAAACUGAUAUGAUGUCUGUAGAGAAAGAGUGUGUGUGUGUGUGUGUGUGUGUGUGUGUGUGUGUGUGUGUGUGUGUGUGUAAAAAAUGUCUAACAGUGUCCACACUGUGCACCAGGUUUUACUUCUCACCUACUUUCUGUCUCUGCAUCAUUAUUAAAAGGGCAGUUUGUAAGAUUUAUUUCAGGGCCAGAAAUAUGUAUUCAAAAGCCUGACGUAAUGAAAUGCUAAAGUUUUGUGACUUCUGAAAUAUUUUUGUUGCAUUGUUCAAUUGAUCGUUCUUGUGCAUGUAGAUACUCCUAUUAGAACCUUCUAUAUGGGGAAAAGUUUCAGGAAGGGCGGGGCUUAUUUCAGGGCCAGAAAAAUAUGUUUAAUAUAUAAACGAAAGCUUCAAAUGAAAACAAUAAAAUUAAUAAUAAUAUUGAUCUGACUCUUUUUAAGAAUAAUUCAAAGUCUUUUAAGUGCACAUUAAGGAACAUUUUGUAAAAAAGGGGGGGUAAUAGGUACAGCUGUGGGUGGAGCUUAUUUCAGGGCCGGAAAAAUUCAUUCAAAAGGCCUACAAGAAAAUGAUGAAUUGUUUCAUCAAGAUAUUUGAAUAUUGCAGAUGAUGUCUUCAAAAUAUUUAUUGUUGCUCUUACAGAAACACACAAACACCUCAACGCCUUCGGGGGGUUUGUUUGUUCACCAAAAAGAUCGAAACAAAUUAAAUUUCAACAAAUAUUACAACUCUUUUAUCUGUUUAUGGGAAACUAACAUGGUCUAUUAUUAUUAUUAUUAUUAUUAUUAUUAUUAUUAUUAUUAUUAUUACUACACUCUUAGCAACAUUUUAUGAAACCACAUGUGGAAAAGUCUCAACUUGGUGGUGGUGGGGGGGGGGGGGGGUAUUUCAGGGCUGGAAACUUUUCGAACAUAUGCAAAAGCCUGAAAUGAAUAGAAUCAGAUGAAUUGCACUGUGAGAAUGCAAAAACUUUUAAACCUUACAAACUGCACCUUUAACGUCUCCUGUACAAAUCACGUGCUACUGAUCCGAUCAGAUUCUGAGCUUUUUUUUUAAUGCUGGAAUUUCAGAUUUCUUUUGAACUAUUUAAUGACCGUCUCUAGUCGUUUGUCCUGCAUGUGCAAUGCCAGCAUGUCCUUUGCAAAGCCAAACGCAGAUGCCAAGAGAAGACUUGAAUGUACAGAACAGGAGGAAAGAAAAGAGCGCUGAUUUAAUCAGACGGACAGCGUGACGAAUCCUCCACUGAUUCUUUUUUUUUUUUUAAUUUUAUUAAAGAUUUCUACAGUGCAUGUGUGUAUGAGGACAAAUCAAAUGUUGCACGAUAAUUAAAUGAUCCAUGUUUUAACAGAUGA